UCAACUCGAUUUGCGCUCUUCUCAGAAGGGAAGUCUACACGAUAGGUUGCCUUCUAAGGGAAGUAAAUCGAGUUCGCUGGAAGAUCUUCUUCAAAAUAACAUGGAGGAUAUCGUCGUGACCCUUGGCAUGGUUGGGACUCUGUUUGGAGACUUUGAAGAACCAUUAGCUACAGACGUCAAUGAUGGCGAUAAUGCCGAACUGAUAGCUAUAACAGCAGUAUGCGCUGCUGUAAACCGAGACGACAGGAAAAAAGUUGAAAAAUAUGUCCAGGAUGUGGUGCAUAAUUAUCUACCUGAUGACUUCAAAAGAUGUUUUAGACUCUCUCAAGAAACAUUUGAGAUACUUCUUCAUCAUUUAGCAACUAUACCUGAACUUGCACGACGACAAACUAAAGCUGGUAGACCACAAAUUUCACUUGAAAGAGAAUUACUUAUGACCCUCUGGUUUUUAGGGACUCAGGAAACUGUAAAAUCAAUAUGUGAUAGGUUUGAUGUGCAAGAGUCUACUUUUAUAUGACACAACAGGAGACUUUUAGAUGUUUUUUGUAAAUAUCUGUGCAAGAAGUUUGUCAAGUGGCCUAAUGACAUUGAAAAACAAGAAGUGAUAAGAGCCUUUGAAAGUGUGAAGGGAUUUCCUGGUACAAUUGGUGCAGUAGAUGGAACCCAUAUUC